AUGAGGUUAAUUCUUCCUCUUAUUUUAUUGGUGUCAUUUCCAAGCUUCUCGUUAUCCCAGUAUCAGUAUAGUAUAAACCGUCCGAAGCCAAAGUUACCGCCUUUUAAAUUCCCAACACAGUACAAAGAACUUGUUCGAGUUUUUGAAUGGAAAAACAUACAGUACGGGUUUCCAAGUGAACAGGAACGCCAGGAAGUCUUGAGAAAUGGUCAUUAUAAUCCAGAUAGUCCCAUACCUAUUGAUAUUGAUGUGUACUAUCCACAAAACGGAGGCCCUGCACGAUACUUUAUUACCACACCUCGAUUUGGACAAGGAGUACCGUAUUCUCUGGCUUAUGUCACCAGUUUCCAAGGAGCAAAUGGCACAGAGGUUCAGGCCUAUCCCAGCUACCAAUGGCACAGUAGCCAUGGAAGAAACUGCGAUGGCUUGACCUCAGUUUACCGGGUUCACAUCGAUGCCUGUGGACAAAUGUGGAUCCUGGAUAGUGGAGAAAUUGAGUUUGUGCAGCACUGCGCACCCCAAGUGGUAGUCAUUGAUUUGGCCACAGAUCAGUUGAUUCACCGCUACCGCUUGCCGUCAACCUCUUUCAAAGCAGGAGUAAGUAGAUUUGUGAACAUCCUGGUCGAUAUCCGGGACCCACCGCCGCAGGGCCAGUGCAAGGAUGUAUUCGCAUAUCUGGCCGAUCCCACCAGCAAGGCCAUUGUGGUCUACGAUGUGCUGGGUCAACAGUCAUGGCGGGUGGAGAACAAAUUCACCUACCCCGAUGCCAAAUUUGGAACCCAUACGGUGGCCGGAGAAAGUUUUGAGCUUCUUGAUGGUCCUCUCGCCUUGGCAGUGACUCCUUUAGGCUUAGGGCUGCGACGUCAUCUGAUAUUCCACGCAUUGUCCAAUGAACUUGAGUUGGCCAUUCCCUUGGAUGUCCUCAACAAUGCAACAAAUUGGCAGAAGGGUCUUGCUUCCUCGCUUUCGGAAUUUGUGACUUUGGGCCGGAGGGGCGUUCAGUGUGCUUCUCAUGCAAUUAGCCGCCAAGGAUUUCUCUUCUGCGGCUUCUUGGAUCCGAUUGGGAUUUUUGCCUGGGACAUACGCUCACCCUACAAUCCGCAAAACGUUCAACUGGUGGCUCUGAAUCCUGAAACCCUACAAUUUGUGAGCGGUUUGAAGAUCGUAAGUCGGCCCUCCGAUGGGCGGGAGGAACUAUGGCUGUUCUCAAACCGCCUGCAGAAGAUAUUUGCCGGAACCAUUGACUACACCGAGAUCAAUUAUUGGGUCUUGCGUUGCGAUGUGGAUGACCUGUUGCAGGGGCGGGGAUGCUUUUAGAUCCGAGAUCCGAAAUACCAAAUCCGAUACCCUCAUCCCAAAUUUUAAG